GCUUCUUUAAAUUCCUCAGAAAUUAAGACGUGUCAUCCGCUUAACAUCUUAGCAUCUGUUACUGCCUCUUGCACAUUUCUCCACUACAUCAGUCUGAAGGACACUUUCCUGGACCUUUCAGAGAGAAAAAAAACAAAACAAAACAAAACAAAAACCCCACACCUUGAAACAGAGAAGAAAUUGACCCUUUUUGCAGUGGGAUGAAGCAUGUAAGGCAUUUCAGCCCCUCCUUAUUUCUCAGUUUGGUGCACGUCUGCCUGGUUCAGGCAAAUUAUGCCCCCUAUUUCUUUGAUAAUGGAGCCAGAAGCACAAAUGGGAACAUGGCACUUCUCAGCCUUUCGGAGGACACACCUGUUGGUACCCAUGUGUACACUCUUAAUGGAACUGAUCCAGAAGGAGAUCCCGUGACGUACAGCCUGGCCUAUGAAGCUGGAUCAAGACGCUACUUCUCUGUUGACAAGAAUCUUGGAAACGUUAUGCUGAUUGAGGAGCUUGACAGAGAGAAGGAAGAUGAGAUUGAAGUUAUUGUCAGUAUUUCAGAUGGCCUGAGUACAGUAUCUGAAAAAGUCAGGAUCCUUGUAACGGAUGCUAAUGAUGAGAGCCCAGAGUUCAUCAAUACACCUUACAUAGUCCAGGUCCCAGAGAACACUCCUUCUGGCAGCAGUAUUUUUAAGACUAAGGCAGUGGACAAAGACACAGGUUCUGGAGGAAGUAUCACCUACUUCUUGCAGAACAUCCAUGCUAAUAAGUUUACAAUAGACCGUCACAGUGGUGUCCUACGCAUCAAAACAGGGGUCACCCUGGACUAUGAGAAAUCACGAACACAUUUUGUUGUCAUUGUAGCCAAGGAUGGUGGUGGGAAGCUCCGGGGAGACAACAAAGUGUUUUCAGCCACAACAACAGUUACUGUCAAUGUGGAGGACGUUCAGGACACUCCUCCCAUGUUCAUCGGGACUCCCUACUAUGGAUAUGUUUAUGAGGAUACGCUCGCAGGCUCUGAAGUCCUUACUGUUGUUGCUCUUGAUGGAGACAGAGGAAAACCUAACAGCAUUCAUUAUAGCAUUGUGAACGGAAGUGAAGGUUCUUUUGAAAUCGGCAACACGACUGGAGCCAUUUCUGUUAUAAAAAGCCCAAAUCAGCUCAAGGAAGAAGUGUAUGAACUAAAAGUUCAGGCAUCAGAAGUCGGUCAGGAAGGUGACAUCUCAGCGUACACUUUUUCCACGGUGACUAUACGGGUGGUCGACCUCAACAACCAUCCACCAACGUUCUAUGGAGAAAACGGUCCUCAGAACAAAUUUGAGCUGACCAUGUACGAGCAUCCCCCAGAGGGUGAAAUCUUGAGGGGAUUGAAGAUUACAGUCAAUGAUUCAGAUCAGGGAGCCAAUGCUAAAUUCAACCUCCGUCUUGUUGGACCUGGUGGCAUCUUCCAAGUGGUUCCUCAAACUGUCCUGAAUGAGGCUCAGGUUACGAUAAUAGUGGAAAAUUCUGCUGCUAUUGACUACGAAAAAUUCAAGGUGUUAACCUUCAAGCUUCUUGCAAUAGAGGUGAACACACCGGAGAAAUUCAGCUCAACAGCUGAUGUAGUGAUACGCUUGUUGGAUACCAAUGACAAUGUCCCAAAGUUCUCUUCUGACUACUACAUUGCCAGGAUCCCUGAGAACUCCCCAGGGGGCUCAAACGUAGUUGCUGUUACAGCUACAGAUCCUGAUUCAGGGCUUUGGGGAGAAGUCAAGUACUCCAUCUAUGGAGCAGGAGCAGAUCUGUUCCUAAUCCACCCAUCAGCAGGCAUAAUUUAUACCCAGCCCUGGGCUGUAUUAGAUGCUGAAGUGAACUCAAAGUAUAAUUUCUAUGUGAAGGCAGAGGACACAGAUGGGAAAUACAGCUUGGCUGAAGUGUUUAUCACUGUGCUAGAUGUCAAUGACCACUCUCCAGAGUUCAAUGAAAACAUCCAGGAAAAGACGAUGAUCAUUGGGUCACCAGUGAAGAUACAGGCUAUAGAUCAAGAUGCAGAAGAACCCAACAACAUUGUGGAUUAUUCCAUCAUGCAAGCAGAUCCAGCCAAUGUGUUUGAUAUAGACCAAAGCACUGGGGAGAUCAAGCUGAAAUCCUAUAUCCGUUCCCUGGACAUCAUCCACAACAUCACAAAGAACAAAGACUGCAUAUGGUCAGUGGUGGUGCAGGCCAAAGACAGGGGCUCCCCAUCCUUCAGUACCACAGCAGUUCUGAAAAUUGAUAUCACAGAGGAGACUCUUCACAAAGGGCCUAUGGCCGCCUUUUUGAUGCAAACUAAAGAUAACCCCAUGAAAGCCUUAGGAGUGCUAGCUGGUGUCAUGGGCAUAAUGGUGCUGAUAACUAUCAUGAUCUCUACUGCCAUGUUCUGGCGCAACAAGCGGUCCAACAAAAUCAUGCCGGUAAGACGGAUCAUAAAAAAGAGACAGACCCCACAGCCCCGGACAGUGAGGAUGGAAUGGCUGAAGUUCAAGAGGCCCAGCAACGCUGCAGAGAAGUUUGUCGUUGAAGAUGAUGCCAAAAAUCUACACAAUGAGAACAGCAACAACAACAUCCAGGUUGCCGCUGUACCACCUACUGCCCCCUUGCCUCCGCCGCCCCCCACCGUGGCUUCCAGGGAUGAUGCCCCAGGGUGGCAGGUGCCAACCGUGUCCGGCUCCCUCACUCCCAAGUUUGUAAACAAGCAGGUGAAGAAGAGAGGUCAUGGCAGUGCCCACAAUGCCCUUGUGUCAGAGCUCAAAAUGAGGUUUGAGAAGAGGAAUGCAGCUAUGGGUGAGCCCCACAUCUAGGUGCUCUUGGCAGCCCGCAGUGACUGCAGAUUGUGGCUGUGCAUGGAUACAUUUAUGUGCUGUGGUUUUCGCUGUGUCUGUCAGCAUUCCGCGAACUGAGAGCAGCUUUGUGCUGCAAUAGCCACCCCUCACCUUCUGCAAGUAUUACAUGCUACAGAGUCACCCCACCCAUAGCAAACGCUGCGGUCUGUGUCCGCUUGUGGCUGCAGUUCCUUUGGCUUUUGUCCCAGGGUUGGUCCCUCCCAGCAGCUGUCUGACCAGGGUACUGAGUACCUUCAUGCCAGCCACAGUCUCCCCAAGUGAACAGGGAUUCAGGUUGCCCCUAUUUUGUGGUCCCUAGCCAGAGUCCAGGUUUUCAAUCAAGGAAUUCUGUAGCCAAGGCACUGGAAGAUGCCAGUUCCGACCUGGACUGGCAGGUAUGUCUGAGGUGUCCAAAACCCAUCACUUCCAAUCCCAGACCCACUUUUGAAGACGUUGGCCUGGCUGUGGUGCCAGGACUGACUUGUGCAGGUCUCCUACAGCAGUGACCCUGCACACUGCGAGAAGGUACAGCAUAGCUGGUACUGCUGUCCUCAGGGCACUACACACUUUGCAACAGCUGGCGGAGCGAUGUGCUCAUGGCCUGAGUACCUUCAUUCCCAAAAGGUAAGCGGACAGACUUGGAGAAGUUCAUCAUUUUCCUGCAUAUUAUGUUGGGUUUUGCCAGAGUACAUUGACAUGAUGCUGUGCUUUGCUUCUGCCCUGGACUUGCCUGGUAAUCAGGGGACAGAAGGGCCACCUCAGCCUUCCUUAGACCCACUGGGGCAAGGUUGGAGCACAGUUCAAUAGCAGCACUUGCUCAAUACUGCCUCCUUCUGACACAAUGUUCCCUAAUGAGGGGAAGCCCAGUAGGAGAAAGACAUGAUUAAAGCAGCAGGGAAGACAAGAGAAAACCAAGAAAAAAAUGAUAAGUGAAAAAUAUAGACAAGUGCUGGAAAGUUGCAUAUGUCAGUCAGGGAAGUGUGUGGAAAGAUCAUUUGGUUUUGUACGCUGCUAACAGGAGGUGUUGAGGAAUAUAUUUUACCACACCUCUCCUGGCUUGCUCCAGGGACUGGUGAGUGCAAAAGGAGGUUUCUGGUUUGUCCUAUCAGUAUUUUUGAGUUAAUUAUGCAAUGGUCAGGAGGGGGAAUGCAGGGGGUGGGGGACAACUGACACUUUUUUCCCUGUUAUGUGACAGUAAAAAGGUACCGAAAGCAGAAUGCUUUUUCACUGGAUCUACCCCACAGUUUCCCCUUUGUGUUUGUUUCUGAGGAGAUGUUUUUCAGCUGGGCCUGGCUGUUUCCUAUUCUUCCGGGAAAAGGCAGUGUGCACCAGGCUGGCUGGUGAACAGCACACUGCACCGCUGCCUGAGCCCUGGCCCCGCAGGGCAGCUGUGCUGUCAUGGAUAGGCACUGUGAACAUCAGGAUGGGGAGUAAACCCUACAGGACAGGACACUGUUAAUUCAAGGGGUUCAGGAGACUCUUCUCCAGCUCCAGCAGACAUGGCCCUCAGGGGCUUCUCUUCUGUCACCCCAUCAGCUGGUCUAAUUCCCUUUCUUUGCACCAGGACUUCAACAGCUUAGGGGAUAGCUGGUUGAAUAAGAGGCUACCUAGUUACAGGGAAAAUGCUGUAUUUUUUAACUUCAGUUCAAGCCACCUAGAAGUCAGAGGGUGACCAUAGCUCAUGUCACCUGUGGGCCGAGCAAGGAGCUGUAUCCCAGAGGCGCAGCAAGAUCUCGGUGGGGGGCUGUGCCAGCAGUGCUGCUCCCCUGUCAUGUCUCUCAUUCCAUCACUUUUCUUGCUUAUCCCUCCUCCUGGGGCUUCAUGGUGUGAAGCCCAGGCUCUUGCGUUGUGUGUGGUCACCUCAUCCUUGUCCUCCAGCUGUGGGUGGAGGGAGGGGAUGUGCAGCCACUGGGCACACUCCUGCUGCCCUGCGCAAGCGUGCGUGUUCUGCUGGUUGUGUCUCCACCAGGUUGUGCAGUAUUUCCCAAGGUAUCAAAAGUCUGUGGUUUAUUCCCCGUACUACUGUUUUCCCAAUGUUUUGUUGAAGCCAGUAUUCAGUGUUUGUUCUCCAAUGAGGAAAGCCUAUAAAAACCAUUCAGUUAAGUGAGAUUUAUCAGGCAUUAUAGUCUUACCGUCUUAGAGAUUAUAUUUA